CUAUCUCCAACGGUUUGUAUGUUGUUUUUCAAGAGUUGUCGGGUGUCUCUGUCACUCAUACGGCUAGCCCCAACCCGCAAUCCGACUCCACUACCGAAACCAACAUCUCCGACCAUCCGGACGAGCACGCUUCUAGUCCGCACUUUCCAUUCUCUUCCCAACGUAUCGACGUUAUUCAGCAUGCCCGAGCGGAGGCCCUUCGUGCGGUUGCCCACUGACGUCUACCCCGUCAACUACGGGCUGCGCCUCAAGCCCGACCUCGUCGACUUCACCUUCGAGGGCAAACUGGAGGCAGCAGUUGAGGUUACACAAGGGACAAACCAGAUUGUGAUGAACUGUGCUGAUAUAGACGUAAUUACUGCUUCAUUUGUGCCUGAAGGGGGAGAAGAAAUUAAUGCUACCGGAUUUAACUAUCAGAAUGAGGAUGAGAAGGUGACCCUAUGUUUCCCCAGCACUCUGCUUAAAGGGUCAGGAUGCUUGAAAAUAGACUUUGUCGGAGAGUUGAACGACAAAAUGAAAGGCUUUUAUAGAAGUAAAUAUACGACUCCCUCUGGAGAAAGCCGCUAUGCUGCCGUUACGCAGUUCGAGGCAACGGACGCCCGUCGAGCUUUCCCUUGCUGGGAUGAACCAGCUAUCAAAGCCACUUUUGACAUCACCCUCAUCGUCCCUAAGGACAGAGUAGCUUUGUCAAAUAUGAAUGUUGUCGAUCGAAAGCCAUAUCCAGAGGAGCCAAAUCUGGUGGAGGUGAAGUUUGCCACUACACCCAUCAUGUCCACCUACCUGGUGGCGUUUGUAAUCGGCGAGUACGACUUUGUGGAAAGCCAGUCUUCGGAUGGCGUGACGGUCCGCGUCUAUACGCCUGUCGGGAAGGCUGAGCAGGGGAAAUUUGCACUGGAGGUUGCUACAAAGACCCUUCCGUUCUACAAAGAUUAUUUCAGCGUUCCUUAUCCGUUACCUAAAAUUGAUCUAAUUGCUAUUGCUGAUUUUGCUGCUGGUGCCAUGGAAAACUGGGGCCUUGUAACUUACAGGGAGACCGCUCUGCUGAUAGACCCAAAAAACUCAUGUGCGUCAUCUCGGCAGUGGGUCGCUCUGGUGGUCGGCCACGAGCUGGCACAUCAGUGGUUCGGGAACCUUGUUACCAUGGAAUGGUGGACUCAUUUAUGGCUUAAUGAAGGCUUUGCAUCUUGGAUCGAGUACCUCUGUGUUGACCACUGUUUCCCCGAAUAUGACAUCUGGACCCAGUUUGUAUCUGCAGACUACACCAGGGCUCUGGACCUGGAUGCAUUAGAUAACAGCCACCCUAUUGAGGUUGAUGUUGGACACCCUUCAGAAGUGGACGAAAUAUUCGAUGCCAUAUCAUACAGCAAAGGGGCCUCUGUCAUUCGAAUGCUGCAUAACUAUAUCGGUGAUGAGGAUUUUAGAAAGGGAAUGAAUGCUUACCUUUUGAAGUUUCAGCACAAAAAUGCAUCUACCGAGGACCUGUGGGAAUGUUUGGAGCAAGCGAGUGGGAAACCUAUUGCAGCAGUGAUGAAUUCCUGGACCAAACAAAUGGGCUUCCCUAUUAUAGUUGUGGAUCAAGAGCAGAACGGUAGUGAGCGUGUUCUAAAAAUCUCCCAGAAGAAGUUCUGUGCUAGUGGACCACACAAUGGUGAGGACUGCCCCAACUGGAUGGUUCCUAUCAGUAUCUGUACCAGUGAAGACCCGAGCUGCACCAAGAUGAAGGUUCUAUUGGACCAGCCUGAAACCACCAUUAACAUCCCUGAUGUUGCACCUGAAAACUGGAUCAAGAUUAAUCCAGGAACAGUGGGAUUUUACAGGAUCCAGUACAGCUCAGCUAUGCUAGAGAGUUUGUUACCUGGCAUCAGAGACCUCACACUCCUGCCUGUGGACCGCCUGGGUCUGCAAAAUGACCUCUUCUCUCUGGCCCGUGCAGGUAUGAUCAGUACUGUGCAGGUGUUGAAAGUGAUGGAAGCAUUUGUGAAUGAGCCAAACUACACAGUGUGGAGUGACCUGAGCUGUAAUCUGGGUGUUCUGUCCUCUCUGCUCUCACACACCGACUUCCACGAGGACAUUCAGGAGUUCAUCCGAGAUCUCUUCACCCCUAUCGGCCUGAAACUGGGGUGGGAUAGUAAGCCUGGAGAAGGGCAUCUGGAUGCCCUGCUGCGGGGUCUGGUACUGGGCAAGCUGGGUAAAGCGGGACAUAAGCCCACUCUGGAGGAGGCCCGGCGGAGAUUCAAAGAGCAUGCGGAGGGUAAACACAUCCUGUCUGCAGACCUCAGAAGUCCAGUGUAUUUAACAGUUCUCAAGCACGGAGACAGCACAACACUUGACACUAUGCUAAAGCUUCAUAAGCAGGCGGACAUGCAGGAGGAGAAAAAUCGCAUUGAGAGAGUGCUGGGAGCCAUCCCUGCCCCUGACCUCAUCCAGAGAGUGCUUAACUUCGCCCUGUCGGAGGACGUUCGGCCCCAGGACACCGUCUCUGUAAUUGGGGGAGUCGCUGGAAGCAGCAAACAGGGCCGCAAAGCUGCGUGGAAAUUUGUUAGGGACAACUGGGAAGAACUUCAUAACCGUUACCAGGGCGGCUUCCUCAUAUCAAGACUCAUCAAGCUGACAGUGGAGGGUUUUGCAAUAGAUAAAAUGGCUGCUGAAGUUAAAAGCUUCUUUGAAAGUCAUCACGCACCGGCAGCCGAACGCACGGUACAGCAGUGCUGCGAGAACAUUCUCCUGAACGCUGCCUGGCUGAAGAAGGAUGCGGACGACAUCCACCACUACCUGCUGCAGCGGAAAGCGCCUCCCGUCUGACCUCCGAACUCUUGAUCCCACCCUGACCUGGUCACUCGCUCCUAAAUGAGCAUCAUCUUCAGCAAAAAUGGAAAUAAUUAUAAAACUGCAACUUUCAUCUUAUGAAUUACCCAAUAAAGAGUCUAGGAUGCAAGACUGUUACACACUCACUCACGAGUGUGGUGUAGUUCCCCAUUCCGCCAGUGGGAGGCACAAGCGCACUCGAGCAGAGCUAUGACUGAAACGAGAUUCUCCAUGUGUUGUUUUAUGAGCUGGUAAUGCAUGUACAUUCUUCCGUCAAUAUGGCACCACUCUCAUACAUUGGUAUUAUUACACAAUCAUCUAUCUCUCCUUCAUUUCACCAAUACAAAUACGCAUGAUGUUGAUGUAGGCACAAUUUUAAGUUUUUUUAUUUUGUACAAAAUCAGUCUGUUUUAUUAGUAAUGGCUAUAUACACAUUUUACCCAGAAUCCUCGGCUUUGUGACUGGGCAGAAUGGGGUUGGGAUACACUGGUGACUAAGUGGACUCUAUGGUAACGGCUCUGAAUCCCAUCGUUAGUAACGGUUAGGACAGAAGACACAAGCAUGGUACUGUGUGUAUAUUGUAUACUGAAAGCACUAAUUCUGAGAACUUCAAUAGUCUCAAAUGUGAUUAUAUAUACAUGAAUAUUCUCUCUGAUCGUUGCCCUUGUCUCCCGUAUGUGAAUACCACCCGUUUAACAUACCUCCAAUUGUUCAUCCCUUCAAUAACUGCAAAGAAAAAUGAAUAGAAUGGAAAGAUAAACUACACAAAAAGUUUAA